AGUGAAGGCUGCACUUGGGACACAGCUGUGGGAGGGGAGCGGGCAGCAGCUGAGGACGGGACGUGGGGGCAUCCUCCCCUCAGGUCUCCUGCCUUUGUCUACACCGAGCUCCAGUCCCCUAGUCCAGAGGCAGGACGGCGCCUGCAGACAUGAGGGCUCAGAGAGGGCUCCAAGCCGCGGAGAACAUGACCGAGCUGGUGAGAGCCGCUUAUCAGGGCUGUGAUAACGGGGCGCUCCUGGAUCGAUUCGGGGUCCUCAUCCAAGGGGUGCUGGCUGUGGUGGCAUUCAGCACUCUCAUGUUGAAACGCUGGAGAGAACCUAAAGAAGAAAGGCGUCCAUGGAGAAUAUGGUUUUUUGACACAUCUAAACAAGCAAUUGGUGCCCUCUUCAUACAUUUCACAAAUGUGUUUCUCUCGGAUCUGACAGAAGAGGAUCCUUGUUCUCUGUACCUUAUGAAUUUUUUGCUGGAUGCCACUCUUGGAAUGUUAGUUAUAUGGCUGAGUGUGAAAUUUGUAUCAGCAAUCGUGGAAAGGAGACAGUGCACGUUACUUGUAUUUGGUGAAUAUGGGGAGCCUCCACAGGCAGCCGCAUGGUUGGGCCAAUGUGGGCUUUAUCUGUUAAUAAUGAUUGUUGAAAAGACCAUAAUAACGCUUGUUCUGCUCAUCCCAGGAUGGACUAAGCUUCAGGCAAUUCUUCUGGACUACAUUCCAAAUCCCAAGUUGGAGCUCGUCCUGGUCAUGCUGGUGGUGCCUUUUAUAGUCAAUGCCAUAAUGUUUUGGGUGGUGGACAGCUUAAUAAUGAAAAAAUACAAACGAUUAAUAGUGGAUGAAGGUCUUAAAAACCGAGAACUUGCAGAUGAUUUUCCAUCAGUAGUUGAUGAAGAAAGACAGGUUUUGCUUGGACCGUCACCUGUUCGUACAUAUUGUUAAUAUUACUGUUAUUUGGCUAUUCUCCGUGGAGCACUGUACAUGUUACUGCUGCUUCUGAUCAUCACUUCUGGGAUCAGUUCCUCAAAGUUUAUUUUAAAAAAAAUAAGCACAUCAAUAAAUUUGGCAUUUCAAUGAAGUCAAUACUAUUCAGAACAUGCAGUGAAUAAAGAACAUUGAGAGAAGAGUAUUCCACAGAGGCAUUCAGCAUUUGAUACAGUUCAGAGACUGUUAUUUCUAUUGCGAAUAUUUUACGGUAUUCAUUGAUGGUUCCUUCUUCUGUUUUACUUUCUUGUUUGUCUUGUUACUUUUUCAGUGAACCAAUGAGAAGUCUGGUAAGCACACUAACAGGAUGAAAUAAAAGGAAUUAUACUGAAAGGUUACAGACACUUGAUGUUACCUUAGAAAAGCUAAUGGAUGCCCAUUUGUCAAAUCCUCAGUUUAAACCGUCCAUUUCAUCUUGGCUUUGUUCACACUAGUGCCCUAGUUCUGUUCUACCAGAGUUCCAUUAACUGUGGUUUGCGCUGUGCUACUUGCUAAAAAAAAUAUAACAGGAAGCUGGCAUGGAUGUUUUAAAAAUAUAAACCAUGACACCAAUGUGAACAGAGCCUAAAGCAAAUUUGUACAUGUACAAAUGUGCUAAAUCUGAAUCAAACACAUUUUUGUGGCUCAAAUUUAUAUUUUUAUCUUAAAAAAAAAUAUAUGCAAAUAAAAUAAUUAAAGCAUAACUAUGA